AUGAUCCUGACGCUGCUGCUCGGUCUCGGGGGGCCCCUAGGCUGGGGGCUGCUGGGGGCCUGCGCCAAGGCUUCAGGUAGCAGGCUCUCUGAUCCACAUAGCCCAAGGCCGCCUGCGGUCUGGAGGGCAGAGGCUAUCGGCGGGGACCCCGUCAGACGUAACUGGUGCCCUUACCAGAAGUCUAGGCUGGUCACCUUUGUAGCUGCUUGCAAAACAGAGAAAUUCCUUGUCCACUCGCAGCAGCCAUGUCCACAGGAGACUCCGGACUGCCAGAAAGUCAAAGUCAUGUACCGCAUGAUACACAAGCCGGUGUACAAGGUCAAGCAGAAGGUUCUGGCUUCCGUGGCCUGGAAGUGCUGCCCAGGCUUUUCAGGCCCUGACUGCCGACACUACGAUCCCACGGCAAUCCUUGAGCCCGAAGAUCCAGGGGAUGGCCUCCAGGAGUCUUGGGAUGGGCCAGUCGGCUUUGAACCAGGCCACCUGGCUGCAGAGAUCAGCGACACCAUGGUGCCACAGGAGGAUCUCCAGAACGACAUUCACCAGGUGGCAGACAGCCUCCCAGGCCUGUGGAAGGCGCUGGAAAGCAACGUCACAGCUGCGACCAUGGAGGCAAAUCAGACAGAGCCUGUGUUUCCUGGCAGAUCCCUGGAGCAGGUGCUACUGCCCCACAUGGACGCCUUCCUGCGCGUGCAUUUCAGCCCCAUUUGGAGCAGCUUCAACCAAAGCCUGCACAGCCUCUCCCAGGUCGUAAGAAACCUCUCUCUUGACGUGGAGGCCAACCAGCAGGCCAUCCGGGGGGUCCAGGAGAGCACGGUGGCCAGAGCUGACUUCCAGGAGCUUGGUGCCAAAUUUGAGACCAAGGUGCAGGACAACGCCCAGAGAGUGGGACAGCUGCGGCAGGAUGUGGAGGAGCGCAUGCACGCCCAGCACCUCUCCCUGCAGCAGUCCGUCUCCGAGGUACACGCAGAUGUGGACGCCAAGUUGAAGAGGUUCCUUAAGGCCCAGGGGCCCAUGGGGGCCAACGGCAGCCUGGUCCCCGCAGCGGCGGGGGCAGCGGCAAGGCCGGAGCCCGAGAGCCUGCAGGCCAGGCUGGGCCAGCUGCAGAGGAACCUCUCAGCGCUGCACGCGGCCGCCGGCCGCAGGGAAGAGGAGUUGCGGGGCAUCCUGGCGGACAUGCAGGCCACCCUGGCGCAGCACGUGGAGGAGAUCAAGGAGCUGUACUCGGAAUCCGAUGAGACCUUUGAUCAGAUCAGCCAGGUGGAGCACAAGCUGUUGGAGCUGCAGGUGAACCACACGGCGCUGCGCGAGCUGCGGGUGAUCCUGAUGGAGAAGUCGCUGAUCAUGGAGGAGAACAAGGAGGAGAUGGAGCGGCAGCUCCUGGAGCUCAACCUCACCAUCCAGCACCUGCACGGCACCAACGCCGACCUCAUCAAGUACGUCAAGGACUGCGACUGCCAGAAGCUCUACUUGGACCUGAAUGCCACGCGGGCCCUGGAGGAGGCGCAGGUGGGCCCGGACGAGCGGCGCCGGCUCGAGGGCUCGUCCCUGCAGGCCCUGAGCGACGCCGUGGCCGCCCUGUCGCGGGCGGUGGACGAGCGGCGGGGCUGGCUGCUGGCAGCUCUUUUGCCUCGGAGAAGACCAGAUGAAAGAGAACAAGGUGAGCAUCCUUCAGGGGUACUCAGGGCCCGCUUUGCCCAGAUCCCCCUUUCAUUGACGGCCAGGGGCCUCUUAAGCUACCGGAAGUGCUCCCCUGUGGCCUUCUAUGCCAGCUUUUCAGAAGGGACGACUGCCCUGCAGACAGUGAAGUUCAACACUACCUACGUCAACAUUGGCAGCAGCUACUUCCCCGAACACGGCUAUUUCCGAGCCCCCGAGCGCGGGGUCUACCUGUUUGCAGUGAGCAUUGAAUUUGGCCCCGGGCCAGGUACAGGGCAGCUGGUGUUUGGAGGUCACCAUCAGACCCCUGUCGGUUCCACUGAGGAGCGGAAGGGCGGAAGCACGGCAACAACCUUUGCCAUGGCCGAGCUGCAAAAAGGCGAGAGAGUGUGGUUUGAGUUAACCCAGGGAUCCGUAGUAAAGAGACACCCGCCAGGCACGACAUUCGGGGGAUUCCUUAUGUUCAAGACCUGA